AUGGGUUUUUGAUCGAACGGCCAACCAAAGAGCACCCAGAAAAAGAAAAGAACAGAGGACCACCCCACUUUUCUAACCUCCCUGCUUCUUGAAUUGUCAGCAAAAUGGCGUCACAGUGACCUUUUCUUGGGGUUUAGAAGAAGAAUCUGCAACGCAUCACUUUCAUCGUCCUCCCUCCACAGUUAGCUUCAGGCUCGCGAUUGUCGUCAAAAGAAGAUCACCCAGAUGCAGAAAUUGGGUGAUUUCAAGCUUCCCCAGUUCUUCAAUUACCCUCCUUACUUCACACUGCAACCAGUCAGAGACACCCGCGAGAAACAGAUUCAGCUAUGGAAGGACCUCAUUCUCGAUUACUGUAAAACCCAGAACGUCUUUGUGAUUGCUGUGGAAGACCAAGACUUUCCUCUCUUCUCAAACCCUGCGAUCGAGAGGUCUCUUACCCACGAAGCCAGGGAAGCGUUCCUCUCAGCUUUGGUCUCGCAAGGUCGAGCAGAAUGGCUGGAUAAAAAUCACAGAAAGUGCCUUAUACUCUGGCAUCGGAUUCAAGAGUGGGCUAAUAUUAUUCUAGAGUUCGUCAAGGAAAAUGGGUUGGAGAAUAGUGUGAUGACGGUGGAGGAAAUCCGGUCUGGGCCUGAAUCUAGAGGCACGGAGCUUCAUGGGAUAGACCGUACGAUUCUGAUGCGAGCUUUGAAGCUGCUGGAACAGAAAGGGAAGCUGGCAAUCUUCAAGGGGACUACAGCUGAUGAUGAGGGUGUGAAGUUCUCCGCUUGAUGGGUACCCUUUGACUCAUAAUCUAGGACUAGGGGAACUCAUCUGUAUUUUGUUGUGUUUGUGUUGCUUGAAUGGUAAUGCUUCGUAUAUUCUCACAGUAUUGCAAUGAAAUGAUACCUAUGCUGAUGUGCUUCAGGCCUAAUCUAAAUGACAAUAAAUUUUUUGGGGAUUCUUCU